AUGGCCUCCUUCUCUAACGUUUCCUCGGACCUGAUCUGGGAGAUCACCCGCAACAACAACAGCUUUCUCACCAAGAGCAAGCAAAAUGGCGGUGCCCAGUUCUCCCGUGACCCCCUGAACCUUCUCAACAAGAACAGCCGCAAGCAGGCCGGUUUCGUCAACGACAAGGCCGUCGGUAUUGUUCGCAACGAAAAGGGUUUCACCGUCAUCACCAAGAAGGCUUCCGCUCCCAACAAGCCUAAGGAGGCCUUCCUCAAGUCUGAGCACAGCGGCGCCAAGUCCAGCCGAAAGGCUUACAAGGCUGUCGCCAACCAGACCGCCAAGAACGGCUACCGUGCUGACCUGCGCGAGACCGCUGUUCAGCGCGUCUCUGCCAUCCGCCGAUCUCACCUCCCCGUCAAGCCCGAGCCCGAGCAGAAGCUCCGUGGCAACAAGGCUAAGAAGGCUGAGGCCUCCUCGUAA